AUGAAUCGAACCGACACGGUCACACGAUCGUGUUGUGCUGUACGAUACGUUUGCAGCAGUCUUGCAGCCGUGGUACGAAUAGUACGGUACGACUGUAGCUCGUGGCGAGAUCCACCAACAUCAGCUAUCUCUCAUCAUCCAUCAUCUGAAACCUGUGACAGUCCCACAGUCCCACAAGCACCAAUCACUCGCUUGCUUGAAUGGUUACAUACAUGUAGCCUAUGGUUGCAUCCAAGCAAGUCCCGUCUGCAUUUCCAGCGAACUCCAAUGUCGUCGCCUGAAGAGAUCAUGCAAAGUCAGUCAGUUUCGUUCCGGCAGGUCCGCAAUGCAGCCAGGCAUGGACGUGAUAAACAGCAGUGGUGGAUCAAGAAGCAGCAACAGCUUCAACGGGAAGUAGAGCUUCUGUAUGAGCAGGCAGACCAGGUGCCACUGUCUCUUGUCAACUCCAUUUUCAAAAGGCCACUAGAGGACCAAAUGGAAAUGGCACCAUCCGAUAUCAAAGCCUGGCUUUCAAAUUGGAUGCCAGUGGUGGACAAAGCAAGUAGAGAGCAGCAACAACUGGCCGCAGCCUUCCAUGAGGCAGCAGCAACUUUGGAUCAGGCUUUCGGGUCUGACCUUGAUUUAGAUGACAGCAGUGUUGACACUAUCAGCAAUAGUGCAGCUAGUAGAAGUGCUGAUGACAGCAGCAGCUGGGGCGGGUCCGGUUGGUGA